AUGGCGAAAGCUUCAGAGAAACUUAAAUCUUUUUACAAAGACUUUCUUGACCGAGGACUUGUUUAUGAACACAGAGGCGAGCUUCAUUUAACCACAGAUACAUCAGCUGAGGCCCUCGAUGAAUUCUCUGCCUUCAACCCCGCAGAAAACACCGUCAUUGUCGUCGGUUUCCCAAAAUGCGGAAAUCAUCUAAUGCUCUCCAUGGUCGACCAGCUGGGAAUUCCAAGAUGCGAGGCCUUGAUUGAGAAUAAUCGAGAUAAGUUGACUUCCAAGCCGCUUGAUUUCAAUUCGAAAAAGGAGUUUGAUCUCAUGGAAAAAAUCAUCAAGGAGCACAAGGGGCUCGUUCAGACUCCUCAUUGCCAUGCUUCUGUCGAGAUCUUUCCGAAGAAUUUCAAAGGAAAAAUCGUUUAUAUUACAAGAGAUACAGAAGCCGUAGCAGUCUCGGCCUUUCACUUCUUCAACAAGCUCCCAUGGCUGAACGAAUACAUGGCUUCUUAUGGACUAAAAGAUGACAUCAACGUUUUUGCGCGACAUGUUUUCAAUGGCGAAAUGCUCUACGGAAAUCACCAAGAAUACGAUCAAGAAUGGAAGGAUUUCUUCGCUGCAAACCCGCAUAUUCAAGUCGAAUGGUUCAAAUUCGAAGAUGUUAUUUCAAAUAAAGCAGAAAACAUCAAACGACUGGCGAAAUUUCUCAAUGUGGAGAAUCCUGACAUUGAAAAGAUCAUCGAAAAUACAACAGUAAAGAAAACGCUUGAAAAUCGAAAGAAAGCGUAUAGAGCAGCUGGUGAGCUAAAAUUAAAACAAGAUGGAUCGCCGGAGUCUUUCGACGCUUUUUCUGCCUUCAAUCCAGGCGAAAACGCAGUCACUGUCCUUGGCUUCCCAAAAUCUGGCAAUCAUAUGAUGUUGUCAAUUUUGGAUCAGCUUGGAGUUCCUCGAUGCGAGGCCCUGGUCGACGAUGAAAACAAAGACGAGUUAUUGAUGAACCUUUUCAAGCCUUUGGAUUUCAACACGAAAAAGGAGUACGAUCUGAUCGAGAAAAUUAUUCACGAGCACAAAGGACCUGUUGUUACUAAUCAUUGCCACGCUUCUGUUGAGUUCUUUCCGAAAAACUACAAAGGAAAGAUCAUUUUCAUCAACAGAGACAUAGAAGCAGUAGCAGUAUCAUUAUUUCACUUUAUCAACGAGCUUCCGGGAAGGGCCUGGCUCAAGGAGUACAUGAGUCUUUACGGGAAGGAUGAUAUAAACGAAUUCGCUCGACAUCUUUUCAAUGGUGAAAUGCUCUACGGAGAUCCCCGAAUAUACAAUCAAGAAUGGAAGGAUCACUUUUCUGCCAACCCGAAUAUUGAAGUCGAAUGCUUCAAAUACGAAGAUGUGAUUUCCAACAAGGCUGAAGCAGUAGGCCGACUUGCUAACUUCCUCAACAUCGAAGAUCCAGAUAUAGAAAAGAUCAUUCAAAAUACAUCUGUGGAGAGCAGCUCACUAAAUCGGGCGAAAGUUUUUGAGGCCGCAGGAAAACCAUUCCACGAAGCUCUUUGCUACAGAGAAGGAAAAAAGGAAACCUGGAAGGAUGUCCUUACUGCUGAAACACUUGCUUACUUGAAUAAAUGA